AUCAAUUUGAAUCUUUAUUACUAAAUCAAUCUGAAUCUUCGCUAUUAUGUCAAGUUGAAUCUUUAUUACCAGAAUCUCUAUCAUCACCACCACAUCAAGCUGAAUCUCUAUCGUCAUCGCCACAUCAAGCUGAAUCUUUAUCACCAUAUCAAGCUAAAUCUUCAUCACCAUAUCAAAUUGAAUUAUCUUCACAAAAUCAAACUGAAUUGCUAUCACAAAAUCAAACUGAAUCAUUAUUGCAAAGUCAUACUGAAUUAUCAUCGCAAAUUCAAACCAAUUUACUAUCACAAAAUCAAACUGAAUCACUAUCGCCAUGCCAAAUCUUAUCUCCAUUGUCAAGCAAUACUGAGUUUUCAUCUGAAUAUGUUGAACUUUUAUCAAGCCAUUCUGAACCUUUGCCACUAACUAGUCUUGAAAACAAUGUAC